AUGUUCAAACGGUUUUUGUCGACUACUGUCCCGAAAAUGUCUACUCCUCGUCACUUGGUCAACAUCCACUCGCUUCUGAAUCAGGAAUUCGCCGCCCUCGUCGAUAAGGCCAGCGUGCUCAAAGCCCAGUUCAAACUGGGGUCCCACGCGGCCGAGGCCCACUCCAAGUUGCUCGGUAAGCUUGUGGCGAUGUUAUUCUCCAAACGGCUGACGCGGACGAGAAUUUCCACUGAAGGCGCCGCCGCUUACUUCGGCGCCACCCCGAUGUUUUUGGGUAAGGACGACAUCCAGUUGGGGGUCAACGAGCUGUACUACGACACCACCAAGGUGAUCUCGCUGAUGGUGCUGUGUAUCUUUGCCCGGGUCAACUCCCACGCUGAUAUCGAGGCGUUGUGCAAGGACUCGCUGGUGCCCAUCAUCAACUCGUUGUGUGACAAGUACCACCCGUUGCAAGCGAUCUGUGACUUGUUGACGAUCAAGGAGACUUUCGGUAAGACCGAGGGGCUCAAGUUGGCGUGGGUGGGUGACGCCAACAACGUGAUUAACGACAUGGCCAUCGCCGCGCUCAAACUGGGGAUGAACGUGCUGGUGGCGAUCCCGCUGGACAUCAAGUUCGACGCCGACAUUGUCGACAUUGCUAAUCAAUUGGCGCUGAGUCAGAACUUGACGUUUGAGAUCGUCAACGACCCGCAAGUAGCGAUCAAAGGCGCCGAUGUCGUGGUGACCGAUACCUGGAUCUCGAUGGGUGAAGAACUGCAAAAGCAACAGAAAUUGCAACAAUUUGCUGGCUACCAAAUCACUCAGGAGAUGGUGAAGAAGGCCGGUGCCAACCCCGGGUGGAAGUUCAUGCACUGCUUGCCCCGUCACACCGAGGAAGUGGCCGACGACGUCUUCUACUCGGAACAGCUGAUUGUGUUCCCUGAAGCGGAGAACCGGUUGUACGCCGCCAUGGCGGUGAUCGACGGGUUCGUCAUCAACAAGGGCGACCUUCUCAAGUAA